AUGGACCCAAACCUCGAGCUUUAUAGGAGCAUAUUGCACCUUCCCCCAUGGGAGCGCCGCGAACGCAUGGGACAUCUCCCCGAAUCAGAACGCCACAGGGUCACGGCAAUCAUCCAAAGGGAGAAGGACGCCCAGAGACUGGAAGAAUCCAUUGCAGGCCGGGACCUCGUUGAAGUGGCCUUGACUGAUCCUUCCGAGAUUACAAAAGAUACACAGUUGCAGUAUACCCUGCUUGGCCGAACCAUCUACUCCGGUGACGAGGCCAGGGUGGUAAAACGCAUUACCAACAACGUCGCAGAUAGUAGUUCAAGCCUGGUUCGUCAGAUUCAACACUUUGAUCAAACUGCCAAACCCUUCUGUUUGGAUGCCUGGAAGCUAGUCUACUGCGACAUUUACUAUGUCGAUGGAGGUAGUGCUACGUUACAGGAGAUUUACGAAGCACGUCUUCAAGAAGAGGAGCUCCAAACCCCUGCCGCCAGAGCUAGAGAGCUUGUGCGUUGCGAUGACCUUCGUCGGGCUCGGAGAAAUGCCAAAUGGAUGAUUCCUGCUAUCGAGCGUCUUUCAGCAGACGAACUAGCCCAACCGGCUCCGGAAGACGAGGAUUUCUAUCAAGGACACUUGCAACAGUCUGAAGACAAUGAGCGCACGGAGAGUAUCUUCAAUUACCAUUUCCGCAAGGAAACCCUAGCAAGAACCUGGAGACAGGUAUCCCCUGCGCCGCCAGCUUGGAUGCAGAAGAUCCUUGAUACUCAGGAACAAUGGGGUUUUGUCUACUACUUAUCUAGGGAAGUCGAUGAGAAUUCGCCGCUGAGGGCAACCUGGCACAGUAUCCAUUGUCAAGGUGGACACAACCAGAUGGUCUUAGCACGGCUUGAAACUGAGAAUUGGCCUAUAUUUCAUCCUAAUGAGAACAUGGCUGAAGACGACGACCUCCGAAAACACUUCAAAGAAUAUAGUGAGGGCAAUCGAUCUCAGACCCAAGAGGAUGAAAAGAGAAAGAAGAAGAAGAAGAAGAACAGGGCUAAGAUUGACGAUGUCUUGUCUCCUGGACUUCUACGCAAUACCUUUAUCGUCAUUCCCAUGGAAUUGAUUUCCGGCAAUCGCAGCCGUGAGGAAAGUGACUUUCUUGAUCCUUGCUGGGUUUGGGCAUAUGAUGCAGACUGGGACAGUUCAGAAGAAGAAACGGUCUUCAACGGGGAGAAGUACCAAGGCCGCGUUAAGGUGCCCAAGUGGUCGGUCAACUCAUGGUUCUAUGCUGCUCGCUGGGAGGGAGUGAGUCUUCGGGAUAUGUGGCUGAAGGCACAGCAGCACCCGGAAAAGUUAUGGAUUUGUUACACAAAGAGAUUAGAAGAGUGGGAUCAUGAGCCGUAUAUUUGA